AUGUGUGUGGCUUCGACAGCAACUGACGUCUUCGACACCAUGUCGGUGCAGGACUUCGCGGCGAAGCUGCAUGCAAACGGGAUGAAACUCGGCUUGUACAUGAUUCCCGGCGCAUUCCAGGCUGAUGAGAACAAGACUGUGGCCGGCACAGACUUUGUCAUUGGCGACCUGUUCAACAAAACGGUGGACGGACGCACCGGCAUCAGCAACACAUACAACUGCCGCAACGAUUUUGACUACAGUAAGCCAGGCGUGCAGGAGUGGCACGACUCGGUGGUCGAGCAGUUCGCAUCGUGGGGUGUCGACUUUAUCAAGCUAGACUAUGUGACCCCUGGCUCGUCGUUGGGCGACGGCAAUGACGAUCUGAAGCCCGCCAACGACUCCGGUGCUGUAGCCGCCAUGCAUAGUGCCAUCUCCCGACUUGCACCGAGCAUGCGCCUGGACAUUAGCUGGAAACUGGACCGAGAGCAGCCCUUCUUUGACCUGUGGAAGCACAACGCCGACGCACUACGCCUCGACCAGGACAUCAACUUUGGCAAGAACCCGGUGACCUGGGAUGCGAUACAGCGAACCGUCGAGCAGUACCGGCAGUUCAUCAACCAGCAGGUCCUCGAUCCCUCAAGACAGAACCAACCGAUCAUGAUACGACCAGAUAUGGAUAACCUGGUCGUCGCUACCGAUGCCUCAGCCAGCUCCUGGUCCGGUUUCAACACUGUCGAACGCUAUGGGCAAAUGAUCCUGUGGCUUGGGGCGGGCGCGAAGCUUGUCGUGGGAAGUGACAUGACGCAAAUUGACGACCUAGGGCGCACGUUGCUUACCAACGAAGAGGUGCUAGAUGUAGCAGCAUUCACGGCCAACUGGCCCAUGGUGCCAAAGCAGCCUGCGGACAGAGCGGCACAGCUUCAGGCGUGGGUUGCUGGCCCGGAUGGCGAUGGCACGGCUGCAGUGGUUGUGUUGUCGAACCUAGGUCCGGAUCUAGGCCAGAGCGGGUACAGUGAUAACCUUCAAGGCGACCAGCUUGUCAACGUGACACUCGAUACCCUAGGGAUUGAAGGAAUAUAA